UGUUUCAGUUCAACUACUGAUAUUUCUCUUCUAUUGUCGUCUCAUCCCUAAAUAAGGACUGGAACGCUUUUGGAGUGGAAAAUGAGGGGAAGACGUUACACGCUGUUUAUCGGGCUGAUGUUUUCCAGUUUUUUCGCUCUAUUUCUUAUGGCGAGAAAAGAAGCAGAACAGUCCAGCAGAAAGUUGAUUCUAGAUGAGGAGGAAAUAGAGUACUGCGAAUGGAAAAUGAUGCACGAUCCAGCCAUGCAGCAGCAUUCAUCAAAUCACGAAAGAUGGAAUGUCUCGUUGCUGCUAAUCCUCGGCUUAUUGGCUCCCAAGACCUCAUAUGGUUUUAAUGACUCUUCGAUGAUAUACCGUCAAAACAAACAGAUUUGCCGUGAAUACGAGGGCCAAAUGAUAUCUCAACUCACUUUGAAGAGAAUUCUUGGGGAGCUAUCAUCCAAUGCCAAUUUCUGGUGUCAAACGUUGCGCAACGUAACUGGCCGUGUGGGUUCCUGCUACGAUCUCGACAGCAAUUUGGAUGAGUUUCUAACUAACCAGCAAAGUUUAAACAAAACGUGGCGUUGUUUCCACCCACCGGAAACCAUGAGCCAGAUACGCACGACUCUGCAAAUUUAUCAGGCAAUUCGAUUAAAAAGAUUUUCAAUGAAACAAACUGUGGUUGUACCUGUGCUGGAGGAUAAUGUAAGCCGGUUGCAAAACUCCACGUACGUUUUUCGUCUUUUUUUCUUGAUUGGAGGUCUUAAUCCCCCAGAGGUUUACACUUUCAAUGGUGGACUACUCUUGCUAGACCAGGAAAAUUCGUUCAAAGAAUUUGGCUGCUCAGCUCUCCAACAGGUUUGUGAUUCUGCCGAGAGGUGGAUUCAACUAGUUUUAAGCCACGUGGAAAAAUCCUCCCAGGUUCACGAAUUCAAACUUCUUCCCAGAGAUGGCAAAGUGUCUCAGAUUAUUGCUGCAGAUUUUAUACGCACGCCUUUUGAUACUGAAUUGUUGCGUAUUCACCACAACGUGCAUCGCCUACGUACGAAAUCCACCCCCCAUUCCCUCCAUCUGCUUCUACAUAAGACCAUUAGCACUGCCGUCCGUUUCCUUUCUAUUCGACGUUCCUAUCCGGCUACCAAAUUUGGCUCAGCCUUGAAUGAACACCUUUAUGAUGCAAGGGAAAUAUUUGGCCUUAUUAGCAAUCUUGUCAUCAACCCUUUCAUCAAAUUGGAGCCUACCUUUCAUUCGAGGUGGACUCACUACAGUGCAACUGUUGCAUAUGAAAUGACUUGGUUAAAUCUCCAAGUGUUUUUAAAUAACCAUGCCACAUAUGCUCUGCUGGAAAAUGAAAGGUCUAAGAAUUUCAACAUCAGUGUUGGCUUGGGAUGGAAUGACUUCAAAAUGGAAAUUGGCAACAAGGACACCCGGAUAAGGUCCAUCACCUACAUUCUCAGAAUAAGACGCCUACCCAGAGGAGAUAAUCCAGUUCCAUUUGAAUGCAGUUUGAGAUUUAAGGACAAGCCAGAAUGCGGAUUACAACCAUCACUGGUCGGCAAUUGGAGCUCAGCUUUGACCGAUUGGAACCGGCUGCCAACUUGUCCUUUUGGCAACUCUAAAGGUAAAAUUUUUAGUGCCUAG